CGUUGAUUUCAUACCAAAGUCAUACUUAACAUUCCACUUAUACUGUCAAACCAGGAGAAAUAUUACUGAAAACUAUAAGGCGCCAAAAAUCAAGAAUCAAAAUUUAAAAGUAAUUUAGUGUAGAAUAACACAGAAGUGUUUUCCAUAUAAAGUUGCUUCGACCUGGUUCGCUUUCCUUUAAACGUGUUCCCGUGAAGAAGCGAAUCCUGAUAUUCCCAAGGAUUGACAUUAAGAGAAAAACGAAUUUGGAGGAAUACAUAACUUGACAUAUCAAGCGUUGUUUUGCAACAAAUCCCACAGACUUCUGAUCGUGGAGCUCAGGGCUGGGCCCGGGGCGAGCCGCCACCAUUGCGUCCAACGAGUGGAGCGCCAGCGGCAGCCCGGAGGAUGGGCUGGACGGGGACAAUGACGAGCUGGACAAGGCCAUGGACGGGGACGCGGAGGGGGUCUGGAGCCCCGACAUCGAGCAGAGCUUCCAGGAGGCCCUGGCCAUCUACCCCCCCUGCGGCCGGAGGAAGAUCAUCCUCUCUGACGAGGGCAAGAUGUACGGUCGGAAUGAGCUGAUAGCUCGGUACAUCAAACUGAGGACUGGCAAGACACGCACCAGGAAACAGGUGUCUAGUCACAUACAGGUGUUAGCACGGAAGAAAGUCAGAGAAUACCAAGCAGGUAUCAAGGUUUCUAGCCACUUACAGGUUCUCGCCCGGAGAAAAUCCCGCGAGAUCCAGUCAAAGCUGAAGGCCAUGAAUUUGGACCAGGCCUCUAAAGACAAGGCCCUCCAGAACAUGGCAGCACUGUCGUCAGCUCAGAUUGUGUCUCCCAGCCUGAUCAAGAGCCAGCUGCCCCCACUGCCACAGCCCCCUUACCCUCCACAUGCCAGGUUCUGGCCCACCCCCAUCCCGGGACAACCAGGACCCUCUCAGGAGCUGGUACUAGAGCUGAACCAGGGCCGGGGACCUGGGCUUGGCCGGGCCAGCUACGCCAUCAAGCCUUUUGCACAGAGCCCGUACCCUAACCUGGUAGGGCCUGUAGCUCCAGCCUUAUCAACCUAUGAGCCCCUGGCGCCCCCCCUCCCCCCAGCAGCCACCGCCGUGCCUGUGUGGCAGGACCGCACCAUCGCCUCCUCCAAGCUGCGGAUGCUGGAGUACUCCGCCUUCAUGGAGAUCCAGAGAGACCCGGACAAUUACAGCAAACACCUGUUCGUCCACAUCGGGCAGACGAACCCCUCCUACAGCGACCCUCUCCUCGAGGCCGUGGACAUCAGGCAGAUCUACGACAAGUUCCCAGAGAAGAAGGGCGGGCUGAAGGAGCUGUACGAGAACGGGCCACAGAACGCCUUCUUCCUGGUCAAGUUCUGGGCGGACCUGAACAGCAGUGGCAUGCAGGAUGGCCCAGGGUCGUUCUACGGCGUGAGCAGCCAGUACAGCAGCUCUGAGAACAGCAGCAUCACCGUGUCCACCAAGGUCUGCUCCUUCGGCAAGCAGGUGGUGGAGAAGGUGGAGACGGAGUACCCCAGGGUGGAAGGGGGGAAGUGUGUGUUUAGGAUCCAUCGCUCCCCCAUGUGUGAGUACAUGAUCAACUUCAUCCACAAGCUCAAACACCUGCCGGAGAAGUACAUGAUGAACAGUGUUCUGGAGAACUUCACCAUCCUGCAGGUGGUGACUAACAGGGAUACCCAGGAGACCUUGCUCUGCAUAGCGUUUGUGUUCGAGGUCUCGACGAGCGAACACGGAGCUCAGUAUCACGUUUACAGACUUGUCAAAGACUAACAAGCUCUUCAGGGAAGGAGAAGGCUGACAGGAACCUACAUGACACCACCUCUCCUCUUCCCACUCAGUUGUCCGAGAGACACUUAAACAUCCCCGGCUCCUUUGCAUACAUCCACUCAGAGCAAGAAAGUGAAGUCUCAACAAACAGUGAAAAGACAUCAAGAUAAAAAAAAUUUUUUGAUGAAAAGCCUGCUUCUUACUAGUUUAUAUAAACGUGCUCAGAGGGGGUGGUUGACCUCGGUGACGAUAAUAAAUGUAUAUAGAAACAUAUUCACAGAGGGACUGAGAAUGUGUUUAUGGUGAAAAGAGUAUUUUGCAAGGGAACACAGAGGACUAGGAGCCGUGUAUUUAUACAGAUUGGAACCGUGCGGAAACAAGGACCACGAACGAGAAUAAACAAAGAAAAACAAACUGAAGAAUUGUAGAGCUGUCCAACAAAACGGUGUGAUAGAUAGAUAGAUCGAUAGAUAGAUCGGUUGAUCGAUUGAUCGAUAGAUAUGACUAGUGCCUUUCUCCAAAGACAAGCACUUCAGUCUGCCACUUGCGAUUGCCUUAUUAUGACUACCUCUUGAGAAAAGCAUAGAGAUGCUGGAGAGAAAAUGAAUUCACCAAGCAAUUGUAAACUUGACCUAACUAUGCAUUUUACCCCUCAAAUGUAUAAUUUUGAAGCAUCAGAUUCAUCCCGGCAGACUGUGGAAAACCUUACAGCUGUUAGGUUUUCUUAUUUGAUCAAAAAAUGAAAGGUUACACGUUUGUCUAUGGUCCAAGUGUACCAAGAGUUUCUAAGUCUAGACUAGAUCAGAGGACCCACUAUCCGUCUGACGGGUCCGGUAUCCUGGCGUGUUCCCUUCUCUCUCGAUCCCUGUUGUUUUCAGGGGCCUAAACAACAAAACAAGUGCCUAAGUGCACUAAAGGAUCAAGAAAGGGUACAGACAAGUGUUUAUUUUCUUGAGUUUCUGAGUUAUAUGUAGCCUGAUCGAAAUGAACAGUUUAUGUGCUGUGAAUGCUACAGUGAUGUGUGUUACAUAGGAGUAUGUUGCGCUCUUGUUUAUGUUUGUGAUCAACUUGAACUCAGCACCGAGAUUCCAGCAGUCAGAAAGCAACAGUGUUUCCCCUCUGCAACAAGGAGGAGGGAAAGACUGCAUGUUAUUUACGUGUUUAUACAGACUUUGUAUGUUUUCCUGUGAACUUCCAGAUCAAUUUGACAUCUUUAAC